AUGGUAGCUACUGCAUUUCUUACUUUGUUCAUAGCGACUCUAGUCGCAUCGCUGAAUCCACUUGCUGUCAGAGAUGCGACAGACACUUCAAGCACUGUUAAUCCACCUGACUGUAUAUGCACCUGCUCAUACCCACAGGGACUGCCCCUGUCGUCUCUUACAGCUACUUUGACGAGGACAGGCGCGGGAUUAUGUGUGACACCUAACCCAGGGAUACCAGCGACAUUCACUUCGAUGAGGGUUUUGGUGACCCCGUCAGGUGCUACUUUGGGUGCUCUUUCGGGUACUCUCUCAGCCGUUGUCUGGACCAAAACCUUCAAAUCCAUCAGGGACAACACCAUUGAUGACACUUAUUACAAUUUCGAGUCCAAGUUUGGUUCAUACGUCAACACCAUCGAUAACACAUAUUACAAUUCCGAGUCCAAGUUCUGUUCAUACGUCAACACCAUCGUCGGCACCAUUGUCAAUACUAUCAUCAACACUAUCGUCAAAACCAUCGUCAAAACCAUCGUCAGCGCCAUCAGAUACAACACCGUUGAUAACACGUAUCACAACUCUGAGUCUAAACUCGGCCCCUACGUCAACACCAUCGUCAAGGCUGUCGUCAAGGCCAUUGUCAACACCAGGGCCAAGAAGUAUCGCGAUGACCCUAAAUACAACAUUCCGGUGGAAAUAGGAGGGCAGACCUUUCAUCUACAACUAGACACGUUCGCACCAGACACGAUCGUCUACACCGUCCAGCCUGACAUUACUUACACAAGCGUCACACUCUACAAUCCGCCGCACGGACAACAACCGGAGCCCAUGUCGUGGAUAUGGAAUGCACAGAAGUUCGAAAUAGAUGGCUCGCCUGUGGGGGGAGGUGCAAUGAUUCGUGACAAUAUCACCAUCCAGGACGGCCCUGUGUCUCUUAAUCAGACCCUUCUAGUUGGUGAUGGAAACGGGGGAUUGCCAGAAGGAAUUGAUCAUGAUAGACCGUGGGAUGGUGUGCUAGCACUUACACGGCAAAAUGCGACUCUUCGCGAGACUGAAGGGAGACCAAUUCCCAGCUCCUCGUGGUUUGACAAUAUCCUACCACAGCUCCGGGACCCUGUCAUUGGUAUUUGCUUACGGAGCCAGUCUCCGGGGUUCAUUGACCUCGGAAAGGUCAACGAAGCGUAUACAGACCAUAUCCGGUGGGCAGUAUCAAAAACUGCUACCGAAGGGUUCUGGACAUUUCAUGUGUCAUCAUACAGUAUCGAGAAAAAACCACCCGUACCUUGCGAUAUGCAAAUAGCACUUAAUACAGGAAGUAAGUAUACAACCCUUGAUUCUAGUCUUGUGGAUUCUUUCCGCGGCUGGGUUGCUCAUCAAAUGGGGGUUGGUGAUCUGGGAGAAGACAUAUACUAUGAUUGCGCUUUCACUCUGCCUACGGUGACGCUUACGAUCGACCAAGUUGGAGGGGGUACAUUUCUCUUGGACCUUCCUAGUUCAGCCUUUAGUUUAGCGGAUAACAUAAACAGCGAACACAGAAAUUGUGAGUUUGCAUUAAGGAAGGCUGAUGGAGGGCUGGAUAUAGACCUUAAGAAAGGAAUGACGGCUCUUGGAAUUAGUGCCUUGAACACUCUAUACGUGGUUCUGAAUGCCUCCACGUCUGACGGUGCAGUAGGGUUCGCGCCUCAGUAG